GAGCUUAAUUUAAUUAUGAUUUUGUGCGCGGUGUGUUUAUAAGCUAGAAUACACUGUGCAUGAUAUUGUGAGCGGGGUGUUUAUUAAUUAGAAUACGCUGUGCAUGAAUACGCUGUGUAUGCGAUUUUGCCGCACCGUUGCUAUGGUGCGUAAAUUCAUGACAAAACUCCAAACAUAAAUAAACUCAGUGUCAAAUAUAAAAGCAAUAAGGAAAAAAAAGCGAAAAAACCGUGGCAAAACAAAUUCAACAAAAUAUGGAGGAUAUUGAAAUCGAAUAUCUGGACGAGUACAAAGACUUGGUGCUGCCAGGCAUUAAGACAAGCAGCGACAGAAGCGCGGCAACUGGGGCGAUCUCAUAUCAAGUGCCCCUUCCACGGCGGAGACGCAUCUCAUCCGAUUCGAGUGGUUCCUCAUCCAUUGAUCCGGAUAUUUUUCAAAAACUAUUCGAUGGCAAGCUUCUGGAAGACGAGAUGCUCACCGAAAGCGGCUCAAAUGCCAAAGGAAGAAGUAGACGUCGCUUAAGUUCACCAUCGAGCGAUUCGAACGAUGCUCUGGACGCAUUGUACAAUCGCCAAGUGAACAAAAGACGUGAUCGCUUCGAAUCAUACGAUUCAAUAGAUGAUCUGGGGGAUGUGCUGAUGGGCGCCACACACAGGUCGCUGGCAAGGACCAACUCUCAGCCAGCCAAGAAGUCAGCGAGUGACGGACUGCAGCGAGGCAGAGGUGGCAGCAUCGUUGCCAAGUCGAAAAGUGCUGAAAGUCGGCCGCAGGCAAACAAAUCAAAUUUAAGUGUUGCGUCGAUGAAGCCAAGCAGUAAGACUGAUAGCCUCAAGCUGGGAUUUAGGACAAACGGUACCAGUAGCAGCAGUUGCAAGAAAGCAAUAACCAUUAUAAAAGCUCAGAAACCGGAUCUCAAGCCGCCCAAGCAUGAGCCCAAAGAGGAUCCACUCCAUUUGGAGGAUUUCUCCGAUGACUCGGACAGCGACUUGUCUUAUGAAUACGAAUCGGAUUUCUAUGGCUAUGGCGAUUCCGAGGACGAGGAUGGCGAGGGCUCCAAGCAUAUAAUUGAUAUAUCAACGGAUAGCAAUACGGUGGCGGACACUGUGACACCUGUUGUUUCCGAUGACGAAAGCCAGUUGCAGCUGCAACAGCAGCAAACGCUGCACGCCGCCACCGAGCGUCUGCAUUUGUACUUAAAUAAUCAAAGUGGCGCUCGAAAAUCGCGUUCUAAUGAAAAAUCAUUCUCCACAUCGAAAACAACUGAUAAUAAUGAUGUCGUUGAUCAGGCGCUGCCAAUGGCCGAGCAGUCUCAACGUGAUGGUCUCUCCUCCAGCAGUAGAGUCUCAGAUAAAAAGCCUCGUGCCGAUCAUGUCGAUGAUAAUAAUCUUACGUAUGAAAAAUUAGGGCGUUUUAGCCAAAAUUUGACCGCUAAAAUCAUUAAGACUGAUGCGGACCGCUCCAUUGAAUUUAAGAAACGUUCCGGUUCAAAGCAGCGUAGUAUAUCGCCCUCCAAACUGUUGGCCAACUCAUCUCUCUACGCGAAUCACGUCCGCAAGCUAACCUACACCAACGAGAAAAUUGAUGAGAUUGCGCCAAUGCGUCGGACCAAGAGCGAUGAAGCAUUUGCGAAACGUGGUCGCUGUGGGAGGCAGUCAAAAAGUAGAGCCGCCACAACAGACGAACAGAGCAAAUGCAAUUCGCUGUCGCCAACGAAAAUAACAUCAACAGAAACAACACUAACAACAACAACGGAAAAGGAAAAGGAAUCACCCAAUAAGGAACCUUCAUUAAAUACGAAAUCUCCCGCAAUACCAGAAAAAAUCAAGCGCAAACGUGGCAGACCUAAAAAAAAGAAGUUUCCUUCAGCGAAUGCUUCAGUUUCGGAGAAUCAAACUGAGAAGCCCAGUACGGUUUUGCCUGACUGUGAAAACUCAACUGUUGUCAGUGUAAUUGAUAAUUUAAGCUCGAAAAUAACUAACAACAAAUUGGAUAUACAAAUAGACACAACUAAAAGUGAAAAUCAAAAAGGAUUCGAUUCUAUCAGUUGUGCUGCAACGGAAGAGCCAGUGAUAUCAGAAUUACUUAAAGAUAAUUUAAUGGAUUCAAGAGAACCGGAUACUAAAGACACAAUGAACGCAGAAAGUGAGCUUAAAUCAACAGCAGCAGCAUCUGAGCAACAUCUGUGCGUAGAAUAUGCAUCCUCGAUUGAAAAGCUUAAUCCAACAGUUGAAACAAAUUGCCAAAUUUUGAAUGUCAAAAAUGUUGUUGAAGGUGUUGUUGAAUGCCAUAUCGAUACUUGUGCUGUGAAGUGCGUCGCACCAGAAACAUGCUUGAAAACUUUCGAAGAAACUGAAAAUACAAUCUUAAGCACAGCAAUCGGAGAAAUCGCAGACAGAACCGUGGAUAAUAGCCAGGACAAGACCUCUUCAAAUGUGAUAGAAACUGUGCAAGAUGAUGUCAAACAAUCUGAACUAAUACUGGAGGCAAAUAAUGAAAAUUUAAGUGAAAAACUAGAAGAACAACAACAACAAUCGACAGAGGCAGAAGCAGAAGCAGAAAGCAUGACAAACCAAACAGAAAAUAAUCACUUAAUUGUUGUGGCAACAUCCAAGAAAAGUUCAAACACGCCUCAUCGAACAACAAUGAGCGCAAUUUCGAGAAAAGCGUUACGCUCUGCCUCAGCCAUGGCUAGUCCAUUGCCAGAGAGUCAAAUUCUUUCGUCGGGACUGGAAAGUCGUAGCGGUAAGCGCUUGCUUAAGGAUGAUCUUGCAUUAGCGAAGAAACCAACGCAAAAUCGCAAUAGUCCUUGCAUCUCCGAUAAGACAUCGGAGGAGUGCAGUGAUUCGUCUGCAAACUCGAAAGAAUUGUAUAUUAAUAAUAAUAAUGAUGAAACGCCACAACAAUCAACAGUUGAGAACAAAGUGGCAGAAAUAGCUAAAGAUGAAAUAGAAUCUUUAAGUGAGAGACAUUUGCGCAGCUCCAAAGCGUCUACGACUGCAACUUUGGCCAAAAACCCUUCACGAAAGCAGCCAUUAAAAACAGCAAAAGACGAUGGCAAAGGGGACGUAGUUUUAACAGAAAAGAAAUCUCGCCGAACAAGGCAAAAAAAGAAUAUCGAAAAGCCGAUUGAGGCUGAAGUAUUGCCAGAAGGAACCAUUGUGGAUAAAAUCCAUAUUGAAACGAUUACUGCACUGGUCGAUGAAAUACCCUUAAGUGCAGAGGCUCCUCAAUUGAAGGCCGACAUUGCAAAGCUAGCAGACGUUGCGAAUAUAGAAAUAGAAACAUUAGGUGAGAAAUUAACGACUGAAAAUGUUUCAGAUGAUACUGUUGCGAAAGAACAGAAAGAAUCGUCUGAAGAACAGAUGUCACCAACCAAACCAGUCAGCGAGGAGUCAGUGAAUCCACAUGAUAUAUUAUCUCUAGGCUCUCAGAAUUUUUUCUUAGAAGGGGACUUAAUCCGGCGAUCGACUCGUUCUCGAAAACAGACCCAAAUCGCAUUGCCAUGGCGUAUUCGAUCAAGGGAAAAUAAAUCCCAGGAGCAGCAUAAAAGCGCUGAUGAAACGGAAUCAACGCCAAAGCCAAAGAAAAGUGAAAGAAAGGGAACUAUCAAGAAAGACAAAAGCGAGGCGGAUCAAACUGUUUAUGAUACUCCAAUUUCAGACUCCAUCGAUCAGUCGGAAAUUGUGGAAAGGAGUAUAGAAAAGCGGAUUCCAAUUGAGGAUUCAAAAAAUCACAGCAGCCAGGCAGUGGAGAAUCAAGUCACUUCAGAUUCAGAUGACAUGCAACUCGCUCUUGUUCCAGACACACACAUCACCUGCUCUUCAAGUGGUUCAUGCCGCAAGCUACGCGUAUUGCUUAAAAGAGUGGAAGCCAAAUCUAAAACUACUUUGUGCCAUAAGUUCGAAAACUAUGUUGAUCCUCCUCAGCAGGAGUUGGAAGACAUCACACAGGAUACGCCAACAGAGGUAGUUACAUUUUUCCAUCAAGACCAAGCUACUGCUGCUAAUAAAGAACCAACGGAUUCAGGACCAUCUGCUGGUAAAGACGAAUCCUCCGAAAAUAUUGAUCCAUGUGAGACGACGGAAAAAUCCACAGACCAAUCUCCGUUUGAAUCGCAACCAAAGCAGACUAUUGUGGAUCAAGAACAAUUAAGCAACGAUGAAAACGAGUCUGUAAUCGAAGAACAGAAACCAGUGGAGGAAGAUGCUGAUAAGGAUCUACCUCAAAACAAGACAGAGAGUGAAGAAAAACUACAAGCGGAGACGGAGGAAGGUGCUGAGAAAAAUGUUCAGAAAAUUGGUGUGGAGAAUAAGGAACAACAACCGGUCGAUGAAACUUUUGAUGAACACAAAGAUGAACAGCCAAUUGAUGCGGAGAUGAAAGAGCAGCAGCCUAAACCAAUUGAAACUGAGGCUAGGGAGCAACCGGAACAAGAUGAGAAAGAAGACAUUCCCGAAAAAGAUCAACAGCCACAAGAGACGAAGGAAUAUGCUGCUGGCAUCGAUCAACAGUUAUUAGAUGAGAGGGUUUCUGCAACCAAGGAUCAACCACUAAUUGAAACAGAUUCUAAGCCGGAUCAAGCUGCUGGCAGUGAACAGCCGCAAACGGAUAAUUUUACUACUCAACUUAAUCCCACAGAAACAACAGGUGUCGUGAGAAGUGUCGAUGGCGUCAGCACCGUUGAGGGUUGCAUCAAUUCCGUGAGCUCCGAAGCGGAAGCGAAUGUGGAUGCCUCCCAACCAGAUGAGGCAAGCAAAAGCAAGCUGUCGGCGAAAGAAAGCAAUUCCCGGAAGAGUAACACAAUGGCACCACCAGCACCGCCCAAAAGGGAGCUGUCCACCGGGAAGGCGGUGCUGCGACGUAUGGGCAAACCCAUACAGGUGGAUGUGCAGCCGUUAACAAAACGCCGCAAGCUUGUGGACACAAUUGUGUUUUAUGAUGACAGCAAGGACAACAAGGAAACCACCAAAGAGCAAACGAUCAAUGAAGUGCCCGCAGCCAAGGCGGCAACGUCCAAGAAACAACUGUCAGCGACGCAAAAGGUGCCGGCAAUGUUGGGCAGAAAGUCCGACUUGCCAAAAGUGUCGACGGUGAAAUGCAGUGUAUCCACAUUCCUAAGCCCCGAACGGCCACUGGCAGUGGACAAUUCGGUAAUAAUAACGACAACGGCCAUAGCAAAUCCAACGGUGGAACCCUUCAAGAAAGUGGAAUCAGCAACAGUUGGCAGUGGCAUUAAUAUCUCUGUCUCAUUGGUGCCCGAUGCAGUUUUGCCACAACCCAAAAAAAAAUUAACCCAAGCAGAAACUGCAAAGAGGUUGAUUUCCGUAAAGGCGGCAAGCUCCAAAAAGACGGAAGCAUCCGCAGCAGCAGCAGCAGUAGCAACAUUAAGACCUGUUGCCAAAUCCUUGCCAGCAGCAGCAGACAUGCCAGCAGAAGGCAGCAAGGCAAAGCCACGUAAGUCUGUACCCGCAACCAAAAUAACAGGCAAAACUGCAGCUUCAGUUUUAAGUACGCAACCAGCUAAGAAGUCGUUACCAAAGAAGGAGACUAGCAAAAAAUUGAUUACUAAAGCUGAAGCAGCAGCUACAAGCUCGUCGUUGGCCACCAGAAAAUCAGUGCCAGCAAAUCUGUUGGAAGCAGCUAAUGCAUCUGCAAUCACUGUCAAAACCAGCAACAAUAUCAUUCAAGUAAUCGAAGCGGCAGCAGCAACGAGUCCCAACAAGAAGCACGAAGUGCGAAAAGUUGCCAACAAAACUAUGGGUAAACUCAAGUCAAAUGAAACGUUGCAAUCUGGAGCAGCAGCAGCAACAGUUGCCAUGACGUCAGCAAAUCCCCCAAAUGCCACACCAGACUCCUCCCCCUCCACUCGCGACACAAAGCGAGCUGCUCGCAUUGCGAAACCAUCUUUGGCAACGCCGCAUGUUAAACGUGGCGGCAGUCACACACGCUCCACAGCGGGCACACCCACGCCUACACAACAACAAGAAAGUUCUAAUGAACAACAGCAACAAUUGGCAAUGCAGCAGCAACCAAAGCCGCAGCGCCAAGCACGACGACAGCUAAAAAUGCACCCGGCUAAGGAAAAGGCGCAGUGUCAGGCUGCUGCUGCUGCUCCUGCUUCAGCUCGUGUUCUAGCUCCCACACCUGCUCCAGCUCCCAUACCUGCUCCAUCUCCCACUCCAUCUCCUGCGCCUGCUCCAGCAACAUCUGCUGUUCAGUUGCCUGAGCAACAACCAGUGAAACAUCUUCCGUCGCGCAAACGCAAAGUGCCAGCUAAAUUCGAUGUGGACUCGGCAAGUGUUAAACGACUGAAAGAGACGCCCACCGCCAAGCCGGAAGCAAAAAGUAUUGCGUUUCCCGUGCUCAUCACAGCUGCCACAGUGGUGCUGCCCGAAAUAUCAUCACCAGCAGCAGCAACAGCAGCAGUGGCAGUUGCAGCAACAGCAACAGAAACAACAAAACAACAAUGCGUACUACCAGCAAAACAUCCAACUACAAAUAAGUUGCAUCUAGAGCCACAACUGCGGACGCCAAAGCUGCGCAAGUUGCAUGUGCGUCUAAAUCGCAACUGUUUCAAAAACUGGCUAAAGGCUCAUCAGCAACAGCAGGUUGUGGAGCAACCAUUACCAACUGACCAAGCCGAGUUAGACUCAGCAGCGGAACCAAUCCCAAAUGUGCCAUCUUUGAUUGCAAUACAACAAUUGCUGCCCAGAUUGUCAACGAUUAAAUCUGUGCCGUUGCCGGUGCCGCUGCCUUCGCUGGAAAUCAAGUCGGAGCAAGAUGCGGAUGAGCCACAGCCGGAGCAAAUGGAUGUAGAUGUGCCCCUUGUUGCAGCCAGAAUAAGAACAGAAAAAGCUCCUCUUAUUUCGAGCACAAUGCAUAGUUUAAUGGCAGCAGCAGCGACAACAGCAGAUAAUUGCAUGCAGCCAACCAGUGUUCUAAGCAAUACCAUCAGUACCACUGUAAAUACCACCAUCACCAGCGCCAUCACCACCACUGACAGCAGUAAUUCAGCAAUUCAAUCCGCCAGCAGCGGCGCCGUUAGAGAUUCACUCACAUGUGGCACAACGAAAAUGUUUACAUAUUUAUAUCCGAAGCGCUCGCUGUGCUCAUUUGGUCAUAAGCCACUCGAUUACUGCUGCCAAAAUCUGGAUGGGCCAAUACCAGCCAUUGAUCCGACACGGAUGCAUGAAAAGGUUGAGGUGCCGGUGCUGGAGCUGCCGCAGUGCAUGGUCAUCACGACCAGAAUCAUCUCGAAGCACGACAAGAAUAUACCGGCAAAGGUGCUCGCCAAAUUUGAGCAGCUGACGGCCAAGGAUGGUCUGCCCAAAGUACUGCAAACGGUGACGAUGACGACGGCGAUACCACCGACACCAGCAGCAGUGCUUGCUCCACUGGCCGCUGUAACUGCUCCACAACAACCCACUGCACAUAAUCUUGAUCGUUUAGCCAAGCAGCUCACAAAGAAACAGCAUCCGCCAAAUGUGGGUACUCCUGCUCUUGCUCCUACUGCUGCUCCUGCAAAAGCGCUACCAGUGAACAGUUCACAAACUGUGACCAGCAAUCUCAUACCCAGGCUGCUGCAGUUGCCACCCAUUUGUCCCUCGGAUAAGCAGCGCAUGGAGCUCCAGACACGCGUGCAGCACUUCGAUGCGGUGCUGCAGAACCUCUCCAGGCGAGCGGCCGCAAUGAAUGUGUCGGAGCGACAGCUGGUUAUCGAGAUGAUCGUAAAUACGAGCACGUUAUUACCCAUCGAUGUGGAUGUGGGCACCAAGUUGCUGGAGAAUUAUGUAUAUUAUUUGAAUGCAGUCACCAAUACCUCGCCAAGUCCACAGUUGCGCUCCAUUCUUACGCCCGCACCAGCGACAUCGACAACCUCAUCCAACAGCAAAUUGCUGCAGUCCAAGUCACUAAGUCGAAAUCUUACAACGUCGGCUAUUAUGCGUCCGACAUCAACGUCAUCAACGCCCGAACCUCGACGACCCAUUUACGAUAAGCAGAGAAACAUUAUUGGCUACCAGUACAGAACGAAUCAAUCAUCGCCACUGCGUACAACAGCAGGGAGCAGCGGCAGCAGCAGUAACAGCAGCUCGAGAAGCUCCUCGUUACCAGCGGGAACACCAAUUGCAACAGUUGCUGCACAGCAGCAGCUGCAACGCACACGCUUCCUUAUGGUGCCCAAUGCCAGCAGCAAGAUCGCGGUGGUUAAUUCGGUGGCACAAUCAACUGUUGCUCUGGCGCCGCAGCGAGUGGGUUCGAGCAACAUGAUACCGGUCUAUCCGUCACGCAAUUCGAAAGGCUUGCCCCAAAAGGCAGCAGCAAUAAUCUCGGCAGACAAAGCGACACCCGUUGGCGUUGUCAACGGUGUCCCUAUACUCGGAUCGAGUGCAUCUGCAUCAACAGCUACAAAUUCCCCCUCGAAUCGUAAUGUUUUCAUUGUCAAUCAGUUGCUUUCGCAGCCGGAGGAGUGCAUAUUGCCGGAUGCGAUUGGUGGCACCGUCGUAGCUGCCGAGAUCAAAGACGAACUUGACGAUGGGGAAAUCCUAAAUUAGGAUAACACACUUAUUUAGUAUCAACGUAUUAUUUAUACUUAAAUCACUAAUUAAUAUAUGAAAAGUACAUUAAGUUACUUUACAGAAAAAAAUAACUUUAAAAACAAGACAUAAAAGGAUCCCUAUAUUUAAUGCACAUAUGUAAAACAUUUUUUGUGGUUUCGAAAUAAUUUUUGUUGAAAUUUGCCAUUAAUCUUUGUUUUAAAAUUAAUAUGAAUUGCUAAUUAAUAAAAUAUUUUAUUAUAUAAAAUA